AUGGCAUCCACCUCUCAUCAGCCACCCAUCGUGUCUCCCCCGGAUAUGCAAGACGUUGAGUCUACCAACAACAUGGGUGCAGCUCCCCUGGCUUGCGUCUCCAGCAGAGGCACUUGGGGAGAGCCGGAACGUGGUGAACAUGUCAACGUCGACCAAGCUAUGCAGGAUUUCCAGCUUGUACGACAGUCCUCGCGCGGAUCUGUAUCCAGCGCUAACGCAGCCGCAUCUUCCUCCGGACUUCGAGGAGCAUCCGCUAUUGGUCGUGCUCUAAGCGGCGGAGACCAUAAAAAGCAGCCAAAGAUCAACGAAAACGAACUGGAUCUCGAGAACGUCCCUUCCGAGGAAACCUACGAAAACGACUUUGAUCUCGGCAAGUGGUUGCUCACACGCAGUGCACAAGCAAAAGACGAAGGCAUUCAUGAUGGCAAGCCUGUAGGCAUGCUCUGGAAAGACAUCUCCAUCAUCGCACCUGGAUCGGGUGGAGGAGGCAUCUUUGUCAAGACUCUUCCCGUCGCCAUCGCAAACACUGCCUGGAGAGAUCCCAUCGGAAUACUCGCCACCUUGAUCCCGCCCCUCUCCAAGCUCUCUAUCGCGCGCAACAUGACCACCACCACCCUUCUUUACAGCUCCAACGGUAUCCUCAAGCCAGGCGAGAUGCUUCUCGUUCUUGGUCGUCCUGGUUCUGGCUGUUCGACCAUGCUUCGCGCCAUCACGUCCAAGAACCACACCAACGUCUCUGCCUUGGGCAAAAUCCUCUAUGGUGGUCUGUCACCUGAUCAGAUCAAUCGCAAGUAUCGAGGCGAGGUUGUCUUUGUCGAUGAAGAGGAUACCCACUUUCCUACGCUCACCGUCGGGCAGACACUCCAGUUCGCCCUCAAGAACAAGGUCCCCCACCGAUCGCGCCGACUUAAAGGAGAGUCCCGUCAACAAUUUAUCGAGACUUGCAUCGAAGUCAUGCUCAAGAUGUUUGGUAUGACGCAUGUUCGCGACACCAUCGUCGGUGAUCAAGCCGUUCGCGGUGUCUCUGGAGGUGAACGUAAGAGGACGACAAUCUCCGAGGCUCUCGCCACCCGUGCUAGUGUUAUCGCUUGGGACAAUUCGACCCGCGGUCUCGAUGCAUCCACCGCUCUCGACUAUGCUCGUUCCCUUCGUAUCAUUACCGAUCUCGCUCAGCGCUCCACCAUCGCCACCCUCUAUCAGGUAUCAGAGAGCAUCUUUGAUCUUUUUGACCGCGUCGCCAUCAUCGAUCAGGGUCGUUGCAUCUACUAUGGCCCACGCAAGUUCGUUCGCUCCUACUUCUACGAGCUCGGCUACGAUACGCCCGAUCGUCAGACUACUGCCGACUUCGUCACCGCCCUCACCGACGUCAACCAAGUCGUAUUCCGCCCGGGAAUGCAGAAUCAAGCGCCCAAAACGGCCCAAGACCGCGAACGAGUAUGGAGGUCCAGUAAUCUUUACCACCAACUGGAAGCUGAGAUGGAAUCCUACGAGCACCAUCUCGCCCAGGCCGAGCAGGCAGACCAGCUCAAGCAGACCGUGCGUUCCGAAAAGCGCAAGGGAGUCAACAAAGGCUCCAGCUAUACCGUCAGCUUCUGGGACCAAAUUGUUAGCUGCAUUUGGCGUCAACUCCUCAUCAAGUGGGGCGCGAGAGGGGAUCUUUACGUCAAGCUCUUCACCAUCAUCUCGGUCUCGUUCAUGAUUUCGUCGCUCUUCUACAAACAGCCUUUCGACUCCGAGGGAGUUUUUACUCGCGGUGGUAUUUUGCUCUUUGCUUGCUUGUUCAACGGCUGGCUUCAGCUUUCGGAGUCCUUCGAGGCUGUAGCCGGUCGUCCGAUGCUCAGCCGACAUCAUCAAUUUGCCUUCUAUCGUCCAUCAGCGGUGGUUUUGGCACGCGCUCUGGUGGAUAUUCCUUUCCUUCUGGUGCAGUGUUUACUCUCUUCCAUCAUCAUCUACUUCCUGGCGAACUUGAGGAGCGACGCCGGUGCCUUUUGGAUUUUUUACGUCUACUGUUUCCUCUCAUCGUACUCCUUGACGGCUCUCUACCGAAUGUGCGCCGCUUUCUCACCAGGCUUCAAUGAGGCUAUUCGCUUCUCGGUGCUCGCCCUGAAUCUUCUCAUCAUCUGGGUGGGCUACGUACUUCGCAGACCACAAAUGAACUGGAUGAUCUGGCUCAGCUAUGCUCAGCCUAUCAGCUACGCGUUCGAAGGCUUCCUUGCCAACGAACUCAACUACCCAAUCAACUGCACAUCUCAACAAAUUGUUCCUUUUGGUGAGGUCAGAGAUGUAGCCUACCAGACCUGCUCGCUCACCGGUGGAGAACCUGGCUCAGUCAUUGUCCAAAGCGCCGACUACCUCUCCGUCACAUUCGGCUACUCGAGAUCUCACAUUGGCCGCAACGUCGGUGUCAUGAUCGCGUUCGCUGUGCUUUACCUGAUCCCGACGGUGAUUGGAGCCGAGAUCAUAAACUUUGGAGGCGCCGGUGGCGGUGUCACUGUCUUUGCACGUACCAAGGCUGCCAAAGCCAAGCUUGCUGCAUCAAAACCCGCUGGUAACGAUGACAUCGAAGAAAAAGCUGUGGUGGCUGCCGAUAUUCCCAGCUCGUCUGACAGCAACGGCAGCAUCACGCGUGCCAAUUCGCCUGCAGACCCCGGCAAAAAGGGCAACGGAUCGGACAAGCAAGCAUUGACGAAAACAGCACAAGAACUCGACAAGAAGGCCAUCUUCACCUGGAAGAACGUCUCGCUUCAAUUGCCGACUGGACGAAAGUUGCUAGACGAUAUCACCGGCUAUGUCAAGCCGGGUACGAUUACAGCGCUCAUGGGAGCUUCCGGUGCCGGAAAGACCACGCUACUCACGGCGCUCUCGCAGCGAGGCGUGAGUGGCAACUUGUCCGGGGAUAUUCUCGUCGAUGGCAAGCCACUAGGUCCCGGCUUCCAGCGGGACACCGGCUUCGUCCUCCAAGGCGAUGUCCAUCUCGCAUCUCAGACCGUGCGUGAGGCAAUCGAGUUCUCGGCGCUUCUCCGUCAGCCUGCCGAAGUUUCUCGUGCAGAGAAGCUUGCUGAUGCAAAACGCGCAAUCGAGCUGCUCGAACUCGAAGAUCUGCAGGAUGCGCUCAUUGGUGUCCCUGGCUUUGGUCUCGGUGUCGAGCGCAGGAAACGUGUCACGAUUGCCGUCGAGCUGGCUGCCAAGCCCGAUUUGCUCCUCUUCCUCGACGAGCCCACUUCUGGUCUGGACUCGGCCGGCGCAGCGUCGAUUGUCCGUCUCAUCCGUCGCCUCGCUAGCGAAGGACAGGCUAUUCUUUGCACCAUCCAUCAGCCUAGUGCUUUGCUCUUCGAGUCGUUCGAUAACCUGUUGCUGCUCCAGCCCGGUGGCAAGACGGCGUACAUGGGUCAGAUCGGCAACGAGCGUUCCAAAGGAUCGGACAGAGUGCGCGAGUACUUUGAGCGCAAUGGCGCACCGGCUUGCGCUCCGACCACCAACGUUGCAGAAUACAUGCUCGAGGUGGUUGCGCAAAAGACGCAAAAGCCGUGGUCCGAGCGAUGGAAGGCAUCGCCCGAGGCGAAAGCACUCCGUGAACAGGUUGACGCUAUCAACGCAGAGCGUGCUGGUCGUGCCAUGAUCCAAGACUCGCGAGCCGAACGAGAGUAUUCGGCUACGCUCAAGACGCAGAUCAUUGAGUGCACCAAGCGACAGUUUCGUGACCUAUGGAGAGAUGCACCCUUCGCCUACGGCAUCCUCUUUUCCAACUUUGUCACUGGCUUCGCUGCAGGAGGUGGCUUUGCUCAUCUGGGCAACUCGACCACCGACCUGCAGUAUCGCGUCUUUGUGGUGUUCUUGGUGAUUCUCAACUUCCCCGCCACUGUCAAUUCGAUCAUCUCCAAGUUCUGGGAGAUGCGCAUCACGUUUACGGUGCGUGAGGGUCCCUCCAAGACUUACUCGUGGAUCGCGUUUAUGACGGCAUUUGUGGCGGUGUCGAUUCCCAUCGCGCUGGUAGCAUCGGUGCUCUUCUUCCUUCCGUCCUUUUUCCUUCCCUUGUAUUCGCAGAGAUCGACGGUGGCAGGCAUGUGGUACUUUAUGAUUUUUCUGGUGACGUGCUACGAGAUGUUUUUCUCACUUGCACUUGCCGCAGCUUGCCCUACUCCGGUGACGGCCGCCAAUCUGCUGCCUUUCUUGCUGCCAUUUAUCGCGAUUGUCAACGGCGUCAUCAAGCCAAAAUCGACACUGCCUGCCCCGUGGUCUGGGCUUAUCUACGCCAAUCCACUCUACUGGUACGUGCGCUCGAUGGUAGGCAAUGUUCUUCACGAUCUCCCCGUUCGAUGUCGACAGGAGGACCUGGCCAUCUUCGACGCACCCGCCAAUCAAAGCUGUGCACAGUAUGCUCUUGAGUGGGUCGAGUCUGUAGGGGGUCAGCUGCUCAACCCUGACAGCAACAGCCGAUGCGAGUUUUGCCAGUACCAGGUUGGUGAUCAGUUUGCUGCUACGCUUGGCGCCACCUGGGAUUUCCGCUGGAAAGGUGUUGGUAUCGUAGCGGGCUACACGAUCGGUCAACUGUUGUUGGCAUACGCCGCAUACUGGUACUUCACCGAAAAGGGCUACGGAAUCGGCGCUCGGCUCAUUUCGGCCCUCGUCGAGAAGGUCAAACGCCUUGGCAAGCGUCGCCAAUAG